UCAUCUCACAAAAAUUCAAAACUGAAUAACUUUAUAAUACGAGUAAUAUAACAAUAAUAAUAAUAUGCAAAUUAAAUCAAACUUCAAAACAAUAACAAAAAUCAUCCAACAAUGAAUAUGAAUAUUCAAGGCUUACAUCAUCAACAGCAACAAUUAGCUGCUCUAAUUUCAGUUGCUCUUCCUAAAGACUCCGAUUCCUCUUCAUCAAAACCUAAAAUUCCUUCCGAAAACGGAGACGACGAGCCGUCUCGAUUAGCCGCUAUCAAUUCGCUUCAUCGAGCCAUUGUUUAUCCUCACAACUCCCUUCUUGUCACUCAUUCUGCUUCUUUUCUCGCCCAAGGCUUUUCACAACUCAUUGCAGACAAAUCAUAUUCUGUACGUCAAGCUGCAGCCACAGCCUAUGGUGCCUUGUGUGCUGUCUUAUGUUCACUCCCUAAUGGAAGGCAAAACCACCACUUAAAUGGAAAUUUGGUUGAUAGAUUUAUUGGCUGGGCGGUACCAUCAUUUAGUAAUGUCAAUGCUGGUGAUGGGACUGUGGAAUUUGCUGCAGAAGGUCUCCAUGAGUUCCUCAGUGUUGGCGAUAUUGGAGCUACUGAGAGAUAUGCAUUGCCUAUUCUUAAAGCUUGUCAAGAGCUUCUUGAGGAUGAGAGAACCUCCUUAAGUUUACUGCACCGGAUUUUGACUGUUUUGACUUUGAUAUCUUUGAAGUUUUUCGUCUGCUUCCAGACCCAUUUUGUUGACAUAGUUGACUUGCUUCUUGGGUGGGCUAUGAUACCUGACCUUGCUGAAGCUGAUAGGAGUGUCAUUAUGAAUAGUUUUUUGCAGUUUCAGAAACAUUGGGUCAACAAUUUGCAGUUCUCCUUGGGAUUGCUUUCAAAAUUUUUGGGUGACAUGGAAGUGCUGCUUCAGGAUGGAAUCCCAGGGACCCCACAACAGCGUCAAAGGUUGCUUGUGCUAUUAUCUUGUUUUUCUACAGUUUUGCAAUCUACAGCUUCUGGUUUGCUAGAGAUACAUUUACUUGAAGAUAUUAAAGACCCACUCAGCAAAAUGCUUCCUCAAUUGCUGGGAUGUUUGUCAAUGUUUGGAAAGAAAUAUGGCUGGUCAAAUUGGAUUGUUGAUUCCUGGAAGUGUUUGACUCUUUUAGCUGAAAUUUUGAGCGAGAGGUUUUCAUCUUUCUAUAGUAUUGCAGUUGACGUCCUCUUUCAAAGCUUGGACAUGAAAAAAGAUGCUAAAACAAAGAAUGCCGAGAAGCUCACUUCUUUUCAGGUUCAUGGGGUCCUCAAGACGAAUCUUCAGUUAUUAUCACUUCAAAAGCUUGGCCUUUUAUCUUCAUCUGUACAUAAAGUAUUACAGUUUGAUUCACCAGUAUCUCAGCUUCGUCUGCAUCCGAAUCACUUGGUGACGUCAAGUGCUGCUGCUACAUAUGUUGUCUUACUUCAGCAUGGGAACAAUGAUGUUGUCGAAUGUGCAAUGUCUUCAUUACUCAAAGAGCUAAACAUGUUAAAGAGCAUGCUUGUGGCCCCUAAAUUAUGCUCUAAAACCGAGAUCUUUGCACUCUUUAAGUUUGAUUUGAAAGUACUCCUGAGCUGUGUUUCUUUGGGGGGUGGGAGUACUUUGAUAGGCAAACCAGAAAUUGAUACUUUAUAUGUUAAUAGAUCAGGGAAAAUGAUACACCAUCUUAUUGAGAAUCUGAAUCCUUUCGAUCAACCUCUUCAGGGAUAUGUAGAUUUGCAAGCAAGUAUUUUUAAGAUGUUGAAUAGGCUAAGUACAGUGGAAUUUCUUAGUAAGUUAUCAAUGAGGAAAAACAAGAGUGGGGAUAUCCCCUUCGAUAAUAAGAAUGAAAAACUUUUAGUUUGUAACCUCAGGAAGUAUAGUGUACUCCUUAUGAGAGCUCUUCACUUUUCAUCUCCUUUGGCAGUUAAAUUAGAAGCAUUACAAUGGAUACAUGCAUAUUGUGAGACUGUUAAGCAUAUGUAUGACUGUUCAAAGUAUACAGAUUGUGGCUAUCUUAAGUUUUUUGGUGAACUAGUCUUCUCUGUUCUUGAUGCUGCAUCAGAUAGGGAACCAAAAGUGAGGUGUCAGGUUGCAUUGGUGUUGGAAAUGUUUCUCUAUUUAAAAUUCAUACACCCCUCACAAUUGUAUACUUUAACUGAAGUUAUUCUUGAAAAGCUUGGAGAUCCAGACCAAGAUAUCAAAGAAUUAUUUUUGAAGUUGCUUUCACAUGCAAUGCCUGUCACAAUAUAUAUGUGUGGCAUGCAUUACAAUGGAGCAAUUACAAAAUAUAGGCCACUAAUGCAGUGGAAGCAAAUUUUUGCCCUGAAGCAACUGCCACAACAGCUUCACUCAAAGCAGCUUGUCUCCAUUUUAAGCUACAUUUCACAAAGGUGGAAGGUGCCUCUUUCUUCAUGGAUCCAACGGCUUGUUCAUACUUGUCGAAAUUCAAGGGAUCUUGCUUUGACCCAACAAGAGGAUAUGGGAAACUUGUAUGCAACAAGCUUAUGGCUAGACAUCAACGUGGAGGAAGGUUUUCUUGAAAGAAUAUGUUCAGUAAAUCUCCUUGCAGGAGCAUGGUGGGCCAUACAUGAAGCAGCUAGAUACUGUAUUACUACACGCCUGCGGACCAAUCUAGGUGGGCCCUCACAAACUUUUGCUGCGUUGGAGCGGAUGCUUUUGGAUGUUGCACAUGUAUUACAGGUUCAUACCGACCAAAGUGAUAUAAACCUAAAUAUUUUAGGUUCUUCGUAUGCCCAUUUGUUACCAUUACGGUUAUUACUUGAUUUUGUUGAGUCGCUGAAGAAAAAUGUGUACAAUGCCUAUGAUGGAUCAACUGUGUUACCAUCUCCAUCUCGCCAGAGUUUAGUUUUCUUCAGAGCAAAUAAAAAGGUCUGUGAAGAAUGGUUUUCUCGAAUAUGCGAGCCAAUGAUGAAUGCAGGGCUUGCCCUCCAGUGCCAUGAUGCUACAAUUCAUUAUUGUAGUUUGCGUCUUCAAGAGCUUAAAAGCUUAGUGGCUGCAUCUAUGAAAGACAAGUCAAGGACCCAAGUCAUAGAAAACCUCCAUAACCUGAAGUCUAGGUUUUCUGGAGAUAUCUUGAGGGUCUUAAGGCAUAUGACAUUGUCUCUGUGUAAGAAUCACGAGCCUGAAGCUUUAAUAGGAUUGCAAAAAUGGGUAUCAGUCACCUUUUUUCCUUUAUUUAUGGAAGAAACUCAAAGUAUGGCUGAUGAUGGAGGAUUUGGAUCAUUGUCAUGGAUCAGAGGGCUUGUCUAUCAAUCACAAGGUGAGUAUGAAAAGGCUGCUGCUCACUUCACACAUUUAUUACAAACAGAAGAGUCACUUGCUUCUAUGGGUUCUGAAGGUGUACAGUUCGCUAUAGAUCGUAUAAUUGAAAGUUACAGUGCAGUUUCGGAUUGGAAAUCCCUUGAAUCUUGGCUAUCAGAGUUACAGCUGCUUCGAGCUAAGCAUGUUGGUAAAAGCUACUCUGGUGCUCUUACAAUGGCAGGGAAUGAAUUAAAUGUGAUUCAUGCUCUAGCUCAUUUCGAUGACGGUGAUUACAAGUCAGCAUGGGCUUGCCUUGACUUGACCCCUAAAAGUAGCAAUGAACUCGCACUUGAUCCAAAAGUAGCUUUGCAAAGAAGCGAGCAGCUGCUUUUACAGGCAAUGCUCUUCAAUACAGAGGGGAAGGUGGAGAAGGUGCAUCAUGAACUACAAAAGGCGAAGUUAAUGCUGAAUGAAACAUUCUCUAUUUUGCCACUUGAUGGGUUGACAGAAUCAGCUGAACAUGUUAACCAGCUGCAUUGCAUAUCUGCAUUUGAAGAGAGUUGCAAGAUCUCAGGUGCACAAGACAUGCAACAACUUCCAUUGUUAUUAAGCUCGUAUAUUCGAGAAGUGCAGUUUUCAAGUAAUCACAUCCAUCAAGAUUGUAAACCCUGGAUGAAAGUUCUCCGCAUUUAUCGAACCAUUCAUUCUACCUCUCCAUUGACUCUAAAUCUCAGCUUAAAUUUACUGACUUUAUCCCGUAAACAGAGAAACCUAAUGUUGGCAAAUCGGCUGAUUGAUUAUUUGAACAAGUGUGAUCUAGGUUCUUCUGAAGAAAGUACACAUAAAUUAAUCCUCUUAAGUGUGCAAUUUGAAAGCAUUCUCAUGAUGCGUACUGAAAACAAGCUUGAAGAGGCUUAUACAGGUCUAUGGUCAUUUGUUAGUCCAUCAAUGGUUCCAUCUUCAGCUGUCAUUUCCGUUGCUCCUGAUGAUGCUUUAAAGGCAAAGGCCUGCUUGAAACUUUCAAGUUGGUUUAGAAAAGACUAUUUGGAUGUCAGUUUGGAUAAUGUUAUUCUCAGGAUACGAUCGGAAAUAUGUGGAGAAGAACUAAAGCAUAGUGAUGAUAGUAUGAGCUCUCGAUUGAAGACAAAUCUCUUUGUUGAGGAACUUGUAGGUACAGCUACUAAGCUCUCUACACAUCUAUGCCCUGCUAUGGGAAAGUCAUGGAUCUCUUAUGCUUCUUGGUGUUAUGCGCAAGCUCAGGCAACUCUACAGAAUCCAAGUGAUACUGCCCUCCAAUCUUGUACCUUUUCUCCGAUUCUUGGUUCAGAAAUUCUACCUGACAGAUUCGGAUUGACAAUAGAAGAGUUCUCAAGAGUCAAAUCUGUUUUUUUUGAUCUUCUUCAGAUAGAGAGAAAUGCUAAAGAUGUGGGUGGUGUCCCACACGAUAGCAGCUUCAUGUCUGAUUCUCCUGAACAUGGGCGUGAUGAAAACUACACACAUGCGGUGGUGCAGCAAGUAGUGAAAAUAAUAGAGGUUGCUGCUGGAGAACCUGGAGCGGAAAAUUUUAGUUGCGAAUGCCUAUCUUCUGUUGUUACUUCUCGGUUGCAAAAGUUCUUUCUUUUUGUAAAUAUUGGUGUUGAGGGAACCACUUUAUUAUUGCUUAACGAAUUGGUUGAUGUUUUUUGGUCUUUAAGAAAGCGACGGGUAUCCCUAUUUGGGCAUGCGGCUCAAGGUUUUAUAAGUUACCUUUCACAUUCUACUUCUAAGCUCUGGGGUGGUCAGUUAGCUGCUGGUGGUGGUGAGGAAGGUCGAAAGAAUGCCAGUUAUACUUUGAAAGCUACACUUUAUGUUUUGCAUAUUCUUCUUAAUUAUGGGGUUGAGUUAAAAGCUAUCUUGGAACCUGCGCUUGCAGUAGUUCCUUUGUUGCCAUGGCAGGAAGUAACACCACAACUAUUUGCUCGAUUAAGCUCUCAUCCUGAAGAUUAUGUACGGAAACAACUUGAAAGCAUUCUGAUAAUGCUGGCAAGGCAAUCUCCAUGGUCAAUAAUUUAUCCAACCCUUGUUGAUAUUAGUAAAAGUGAAGUGGAUCCUUCAGAGGAGCUUCAACGAAUUUUGGCCUGUUUGAACAAGCAAUAUCCAAGAUUAGUUCUGGACGUUCAGCUCAUGAUUAAAGAACUUGAAAAUGUAACCAUUCUUUGGGAAGAGUUGUGGCUCAGCACAUUGCAAGAUCUUCACUCAGAUGUAACUGGACGGAUAAAUCUGCUAAAGGAGGAGGCCUCACGUAUUGCAGAGAAUGCAACUCUUAGCCACGCUGAGAAGAACAAGAUAAACGCUGCAAAAUACUCUGCCAUGAUGGCGCCCAUUGUAGUAACCCUGGAACGUCGUUUAGCUUCUACCUCUAGGAAACCUGAAACACCUCAUGAGAUGUGGUUCCACAAUGAGUAUAUGGGACAGAUCAAAGCAGCCAUUUCAAACUUCAAGACUCCUGCAUCGGCUGCUGCACUUGGGGACAUUUGGAGACCCUUUGAUAGCAUUGUUGCAUCUUUAUCAUCCUAUCAGAGAAAAUCAUCAGUAUCUUUGUCAGAAGUUGCACCUCAACUGGCUCUGUUAUCAUCAUCUGAUGUCCCAAUGCCCGGUCUUGAGAAACAACUUACUGUUUCUGAAUCUGAACGGGAUCAAAAAAGUACUCUUCAGGGUAUUGUCACAAUUGCAUCGUUCUCUGAACAAAUAGUUAUCUUGCCAACAAAAACGAAACCUAAAAAACUUGUUAUAGUGGGGUCAGAUGGUCAAACAUACCCAUAUCUAUUAAAAGGCCGUGAAGACCUACGUCUUGAUGCCAGAAUAAUGCAGCUGUUGCAAGCGGUAAAUGGUCUUCUACAUUCUUCCCCUAUUGGCAUUCGUCAUUAUUCGGUGACACCUAUUAGCGGUAGAGCAGGUUUAAUUCAGUGGGUGGAAAAUGUGACAAGUAUUUAUAGUGUCUAUAAGUCUUGGCAGACCCGUAUCCAGGCUGCACAAGUUUCAGGGGGUCCUUCUGGCAAUUCAAAGAAUUCGGUGCAAUCUCAUGUACCUCGGCCUACGGAUAUGUUUUAUGGUAAAAUUAUACCAGCACUCAAGGAGAAAGGCAUUAGAAGAGUGAUCUCUCGAAAAGACUGGCCUCAUGAAGUCAAGCGAAAAGUUCUUUUGGACCUUAUGCAGGAGACUCCUAAACAGCUUCUUCAGCAAGAAGUGUGGUGUGCAAGUGAAGGUUUCAAAUCCUUCCGCUUAAAAAUGAAAAGGUAUUCUGGAAGUGUAGCAGCCAUGAGCAUGGUAGGUCACAUAUUGGGCCUUGGAGACCGGCAUCUGGAUAAUAUUCUUUUGGACUUCCAUAGUGGUGAUAUUGUCCACAUUGAUUAUAAUGUGUGCUUUGACAAAGGACAAAGGUUGAAGGUCCCUGAAAUUGUGCCCUUCCGUCUGACGCAAACACUCGAGGCAGCUUUAGGAUUAAUGGGCACGGAAGGCUCCUUCAGAAAAAACUGUGAAUCAGUUCUUGGUAUUUUGAAGAAGAACAAAGAUGUACUCCUGAUGUUAUUGGAGGUUUUUGUCUGGGAUCCUCUAGUGGAGUGGACACGUGGAGAUUUCCAUGAUGAUGCUGCGAUUGUCGGUGAAGAAAGAAAAGGCAUGGAGCUGGCAGUUAGCUUAAGUCUUUUUGCUUCUCGUGUGCAAGAAAUCCGUGUUGCUUUGCAGGAACAUCAUGAUCUCUUAUUGGCUAAACUACCAGCCGUUGAAUCUGCUCUUCAGACGUUUGCAGAAGUCUUAACUCAGUACGAGAUUGUUUCUGCCGCCUACAAUCGUACAGAUCAGGAGAGAUCAAACCUAAUUCUUCGCGAGACAUCAGCUAAAGCAGUUGUUGCAGAAGCAACUAACAAUUUAGAGAAAAGCCAUUCAUUAUUCGAGUUGCAGGCGCGGGAAUUUGCUCAAACAAAGGCUUCUGUAGCUGAGAAAGCCUUGGAAGCAACAUCAUGGAUUGAAAAACAUGGAAGAAUUAUUGAUGCAUUAAGAAGCAGUUCAAUAUCUGAAAUAAAUUCCCACAUACAGUUAACUGGAAAGGAAAAAGCUUUCUCUCUUACAUCUGCUGUUCUGGUCGCAGGGGUUCCAUUUACUGUUGUUCCCGAGCCUACACAAGUCCAAUGUCACGAUAUUGAUCGUGAAGUUUCUCAGCUUAUGACAGAUAUGGAUGAGGGGCUCACUGCUGCUGUUACAGCUCUUCAAACAUAUUCACUGGCUUUACAAAGGAUUUUGCCACUAAAUUACGUCACAACUAGCCCGAUGCACAAUUGGGCUCAACUUUUGAAACUUUCAAUUAGCACCAUAUCCUCUGAUGUUCUACUGCUUACAAGGCGACAGGGUGCUGAACUGGUAUCGAAGGUCCGUGAAAAUAGUUUUCAGACAGUGAAGAACAUUCAUGAUGAUCUAUGUCUUCAAGUAGAGAAGUAUGCUGAUGAGAUUGAGAGAGUUGAAAACGAGUACCGAGAGUUGGUGAAUUCGAUUGGUUCAGAGACCGAGUCCCGAGCCAAGGAUCGUCUCAUGGCUGCUUUCUCAAAAUUUUUGCAGUCAACCGGUCAACUGGUGAGUUUUGGUUCACGACAGCAAGACAUGUUCAAAGAUUAUAACUUGCAAACUUUAGUAGGCAUAGCGGUAAGUUCCCUUUAUAAUGAGGUUAAACAUAGACUACUUGAGGUAUUGAAUCAUUCACGUGGGUCAAGAAUUUCGAACAAUACUCUUUUAUGCGAGUUUGAAGAGAAAAUAGAGAAAUGUGUUCUUGUAGCAGGUUGGGUAAAUGAAGUAAAGAAAUCCAUCAUGCCUCAUGUUGAUGCUAUUAAAGAUAGACCAGAUGAUUCUAUGGAGACAAACUGGGCUUCCAUUUUUAAAACAAGUUUGCUCUCAUGUAAGAGCUUGAUUGCGCAAAUGAUUGAAAAUGUUCUUCCAAAUGUAGUAAGAUCUGUAAUUUCAUAUGAUUCAGAAGUCAUGGAUGCAUUUGGAUCUCUUUCACAAAUCCGGGGCUCAAUUGAUACGGCCUUGGAACAGCUGGUUGAUGUCCAGAUGGAGAGAUCGUCUCUUCUAGAGCUGGAACAAAGCUAUUUUGUGAAAGUGGAGUUUAUUACUGAGCAACAGCUGGCUCUUGAAGAGGCUGCUAUUAAGGGGCGGGAUCAUCUUUCGUGGGAGGAGGCUGAUGAGCUUGCAUCUCAAGAAGAAGCUUGCAGAGCCCAAUUGAAUGAACUCCAUCGAACAUGGAAUCAGAAGGACAUUCGAACUUCAAAUUUGAUACAAAGGGAGGCAAGUAUUAAAAAUGCUCUUAUAUCUGCUGAAAAUAAUUUUCAGUUUUUGAUUGGUCAAGAACAAGAAGAUGAAUCCCAGAAUUCAAGAAACAAAGCGCUUCUAUUGGCAUUAGUUCAACCCUUUCUUGAAUUGGAAUCGGUUAAUAAGAUAUUAUCAUCAUAUGGCGGAGCAUCGGGUUCCUCGAGUGGAGUUUUGCAAGUUACUGAUUCACUUAAUUAUGGUAAUGCAAUGCCAACAUAUAUUUGGAAGUUUUCUGGCAUAGUGGAUAGCCAUUUGUUUUUUAUGUGGAAAGUGGCUGUUAUGGAUUCUUUUCUUGAUUCGUGUAUACGUGUAGCAGCUUCGUCAAGAGAUCAAAGUUUGGGAUUUGACCAGGUUGCAAGUGCUGUUAAGAAAAAGUUGACUAUCCAACUUCAAGAACAUAUUGGUCAAUAUCUAAGGGACAAAAUGGCCCCAGUCUUGUUGACCGUUUUGGAUACUGAAAUAGAACAUUUAAAACAAAAUGACCUUGAUUUUGAAAAGAUGACAAGAGAUAUGGGUGCUAUCGAAGGAGUGAAGCUCAUGCUUGAAGAGUACUGCAAUGCACAUGAAACUGUAAGAGCUGGAAUGUCAGCUGCAGCACUCAUGAAACGACAAGUGAAAGAACUUAAAGAGGGUCUGCAUAAAACUUGCUUGGAUAUUCUACAGCUUGAAUGGAUGCAUGAUGUCAUCUUGAGCCCGUUGCAUAAUUACAGACUAAUAUGUCACAAGUUUCUAUCUGGUGAUGACAAUACCCUUCCAGUUAUGCUAAACCUUAACAGACCUAGAUUGUUGGAAACUAUACAGUCUUCGGUAGCCAAAGUAGUUAGGUCAAUAGAGGGCCUUCAAGCUUGUGAACAGACUUCCAUUACAGCAGAAGGGCAACUCGAGAGAGCCAUGGGGUGGGCUUGUGGUGGUCCUAAUUCGAGCUUGACCGGGUCAACAUCAACUAGGAGCUCAGGGAUUCCACCUGAAUUUCAUGAUCAUUUAGCAACACGUCGUCAGCUGUUAUGGGGUGCUCGAGAAAAGGCAUCAGAUAUAAUCAAAAUCUGUAUGUCAAUAGUGGAUUUCGAAACAUCUAGAGAUGGCAUACUUGGGAUUUCUGGAGAAAUUCAUUCAAACAGAACAGGAGCUGAUGGCAGGACAUGGCAGCAAGCUUACUUCAAUGCAGUAGCAAAUUUGGAUGCCACUUACCACUCUUUUACACGUACAGAGCACGAGUGGGAGCUAGCACGGGGUAAGAUGGAAGCUGCUUCAAAUGGUUUAAUUGCAGCAAGCAAUGAAAUGCAUGUUGCAUCUGUCAAAGCAAAGUCCGCAGCAGGUGAUUUACAAGACACUUUUGUUGCCAUGAGAGAUUGUGCAUAUGAAGCCAGCGUGGCAUUGUCUGCCUUUGGAUCUAUUACCAGGGGUCACACGGCUCUGACUUCUGAGUGUGGUUCCAUGCUUGACGAGGUUUUGGCAAUAACAGAAGGUCUACAUGAUGUUCAUACUCUGGGAAAAGAGGCUUCUGCAUUACAUUCUUCUCUUAUGGGGGAUCUUUCGAAGGCAAAUGGCAUUGUACUUCCACUGGAAUCGGUGUUGUCUGAAGAUGUUCAGGCUAUGACUGAGGCUAUGACGAAAGAAAGAGAGACCAAGUUAGAAAUAUCUCCCAUUCAUGGACAAGCCAUAUACCAUUCUUACCAUACAAAAAUUACCGAGGCUUGUCACGUAAUUAAACCUUUGGUUCCAUCACUUACGUAUUCUGUGAAGGGACUACAUUCCAUGCUUACAAGGUUGGCACGAACUGCAAAUAUCCAUGCAGGAAAUCUUCACAAGGCACUUGAAGGGCUGGGUGAAAGCCAAGAAAUAAGGUCACAGGAAGAUAUUGUUGGAGAUGAAAUUGGAUAUGAUAACAAAGAGAACGACUUGUUCUCACGAUCUGAUGGAGAGUGUGAUGAGGAGUUGCCUCAGAUAGCAGGUUUCAAUCUGCAAGAUAAGGGAUGGAUAUCUCCUCCAGAUAGUAUCUAUGAUACCAGCUCAGACUCUGGUCCUACAUCAACAGAAGCAAGUGCUAUCAAUAGCUUCACUGGCUCUGAAAUAACUGAACCACAUCCAGAUAGAUAUGAUAACAAAGAAAACACAGAGGUAUCUAAUUCUUCGCUGUAUGAGUUGUCCAGAGAUAAGGAUGCUAGCCAAGUGGAUGGUGAUUUCGUGGAUGAGAACCCAAUUGAUUUGGCAUCGCGAUCAAGUUUUUCUGAAAUAAGUAUAGGAGUUUCAAAUAUGAGAAUCAGUACCCAAUGUGACGAGGAAAGCCAUAAAUCCCGUACACCGAAUACAGAUACUCAAGGUCAAGUCAGCAGAGUAAAGAGUAAAAAUCCUUAUGCUGUUUCGGUAUUAAGGAGAGUUGAAAUGAAGAUAGAAGGUCGAGAUAUUGCUGAUAACAGAGAUGUAAGUAUUGCAGAGCAAGUGGAUUAUCUACUUAGGCAAGCAACUAGUGUGGAUAAUCUCUGCAAUAUGUAUGAAGGAUGGACACCUUGGAUUUGAGCCUUCAAAAUUUCAUCCAUUUGCUGUGAUUUAUCCGUCCCAUAUACACGUUCAUGUUAUGAACCAGAUGUAGGGUGUUUGACGGGUACAUGUUAGCAUGUUUUACAUGUGUCCUAGUCUGGGAGACUGGGACCAGGUAUAUACCAAAACUUGGGCAGCUAAGAAUCGUCAACACAACAUGAAAUGCUAAACUGUGCCAGGUUUGACCAAACAUUUUGUGGGAUUCUCGAAACGACUUGUACUGAUCUGUUUGACCUGAUUGCAAGAUGUUGAGAAAAUUCAAAUGAUGUAGCAAGUUUUGGAGGUUUAAGACUACAAUCUUUUUCGACGGACAUUGCAGACAUCUCCAGUGGUCACAGAAAGCAAGAGGUUCUUCUGUCAUUAGGGUAUCCAUGAUACUGGGGUCCAUGAUAUAUCUGAUACUGUCCUUCCAUGCAGUUAAGUUUGUGCUUUUCUAAUUUUGUGCAAGUUAACUCGUACUCUGUCCUUGAUUAGGUUAUAUCCCUAGUUGGUGGGAGCAAUACCAUUGACCAAGGGUUCUGUUCGUAGAAUUCCGCUUAUAUGUCAGUGAACUUGUGUUUAUUCUGGCGUACGGCUAAGUUCCUACAAAAACGGGGUCACAUGUUUCUUGAGAAGCUGGACAGGACCGCUCAUAAACUUUUUUUGUGGAACGAAGCUGCUCAUAAAGUUUUCCAGUUGUUUCUAUGCCAAUGGCCUACAUUCUAUGUUUUGAUUAUAGUUAACAGACUGAUUAUAUAUGUUAAAGAUUACAACUAUGUACAGAUAUGAUAAAUUUAGUUUGUUUUA